AAUUGGAGCGAAUGGUCGGUGUGCGAUCGACACUGCAUGCAAAAUCGCGUCAGAAAGUGCCGAUCGAAAAAAGAUUGUGGGACCACUGUACUUAAGGAGGAACGUGGUUGUGAACAUAACAGAAAGGGUCGUCAAAGACGAUGCAAACAGCGCCAACGCCGGAGACGUCGACGAAGAAAUGAAAAAUUUCACAUCGUUCAAGUACCUAAAGAAGCAGAGCCCAGGCAUGGAAAGCAGAAAGGCAAGAACAGUAAGGAAAACUCCAAAAGACAUUAUGGAAAAUGGAGUAAAUGGUCGCCUUGCACGAGACUGUGCACUACUCAACGUCAUAGAUGGUGCAGAAAGCCGGGAAUUUGCGGGCGCGAUGUGAUACGCGAGAGCGCCUAUUGCUACGUCGAAGGUAGCUUCUGCCAAAGAUGGAUCCAUCGAAAGAUUCGCGGUAGCCACGAAGAAGACGGCGAUGACUUGGUGUUGGACGAGUUCGAACUCAAUCCUAACACCGUGGAUAGCUUAGCUCCAGAGAAGAAUUUAAAUACUUGGAAAUGCGGAGUAGCGACUCAUAAAGGAUCCAGACUAUCAUAUUUCACGCGAAUUAUCGGCGGCCGUCCGACUGCACCUGGAAGCUGGCCAUGGCAAGUGGCCGUGUUAAAUCGAUUUCGGGAAGCUUUUUGCGGUGGAACAUUGGUAUCCUCAAGAUGGGUAUUAACCGCCGCGCAUUGCAUUAGAAAACGCCUUUAUGUUCGUAUUGGAGAGCACGAUUUAACGGUGAAAGAAGGCACGGAAUUAGAGCUUAGGGUGGAUUCGGUGACUAUCCACCCAGAGUAUGAUGCCGAUACUGUUGAUAACGAUGUGGCUCUACUUCGUCUACCAGUUACCUUAACCCCGUCUCCUUCGAGAGGGAUUGCGUGUUUACCCACACCAAAGCAGCCCUUACCUACGAAUCAGUUGUGCACUAUUAUCGGCUGGGGCAAGUCCAGCGUUACGGACGAUUUCGGAACAGAUGUGCUGCACGAAGUUAAAGUUCCAAUAGUGUCUCCCGAGACUUGCCGAGAGGUUUAUGUGGAUUACAGAAUAACGGAUAAUAUGUUCUGUGCGGGUUAUCGCCGUGGUAAAAUGGAUUCUUGCGCGGGUGACAGUGGGGGACCUCUGCUCUGCAGAGAUCCUCGAAAACCCGAUCAUCCGUGGACAAUUUUUGGUAUCACUAGUUUCGGUGAAGGUUGUGGCAAACGCGGUAAAUUCGGUAUAUACGCCAGACUAUCUAAUUACGUGCGUUGGAUUACGAAAGUGAUGAAGCAAACGGACGAUUAGAUUUGAGAAACACAGCAAACGUCAUAACUGUAUUAUAAUUGUAAUUAUAGUGUUCACGUACAAACGAGCAUAGAAGUGAAAAUAUGACAGGCAAUCGGGACAUAAAUUUCAAAGAGUAUAUCAAUAACAAUAUUAAAACUA